GAGCUACCGGGUCCCGACGGUGCCCACCUGCCGCGACCUUAUUAACCAAACUCAUCGGUCCCCAAUCUUUUUCCUCUUCCACCUUUUGCUCAGAAACGCCGAGCACACGCCCCACUGGGGAACAGCAACUGGGAAAGUCUCCUUACAAACGCCCCGCCCCACACACUGGGGUUCCUCCACGGAGAGUGAGGCUCCCGGGCGCUGCGCUGGUCUCGGGCCAGGGAGAGUCGGCGGGGAGGAUCGCCAGGUUCCAGGAUGCCCAGCAGCAAAAAGCAAUUCAUUGCAUCUUGCAUCAGCCUCUCCGUGGUACCGUAAACGAGAACUUUGUGUUCCAAGGGUCUGGGGGUGUCUCCGUGGACUCCGUUGGAAAGCAGUUAAAAGAGACAACCACGGGCACUCCCUCCCCCUGCCCCCAGGAACUGUCUAUCUUGACCAUGCAGGAGCCACGUUGUUCCCCCAGAGCCAGCUUACAAGCUUCACUAAAGAUCUCAUGGAAAAUGUUUAUGGUAAUCCUCACAGCCAGAACAUCAGCAGCAAGCUCACCCAUGACACGGUGGAGCAGGUGCGCUACAGGAUCCUGGCACACUUCCACACCUCCCCAGAGGACUACACUGUGAUUUUCACGGCCGGGAGCACAGCUGCUCUUAAACUGGUGGCAGAGGCUUUCCCGUGGGUGCCCCCAGGCCCAGAAAGCAGCGGGAGUCACUUCUGUUACCUCACUGACAGCCACACGUCUGUGGUGGGCAUGAGGGAGGUCACCGCAGCCAUGAACAUCACUUCCAUCCCAGUCAGGCCAGAGGACAUGUGGCUGGCGGAAGAACAGGAUGCUACCACUGCCAGCGACCCUGACGGCCAGCCUCUGCAUCUCUUCUGCUACCCAGCUCAGAGUAACUUUUCCGGGACCAGGUACCCGCUGUCCUGGAUAGAAGAGGUCAAGUCCGGGCGGAUGUGCCCCGUGGGCGGGCCUGGGAAGUGGUUCGUGCUGCUGGAUGCGGCUGCCUACGUGGGCACCUCGCCUCUGGACCUGUCGGUUCACCAGGCCGACUUUGUCCCCCUCUCCUUCUAUAAGAUCUUUGGCUUCCCCACCGGCCUGGGCGCCCUGCUGGUGAGUAGCCGCUCAGCUCCUCUGCUGAGGAAAACCUACUUUGGAGGAGGCACGGCCGCUGCAUACCUUGCAGAAGAAGACUUCUAUAUCCCCAGAGAGUCGGUGGCUGAAAGGUUUGAAGAUGGCACCAUCUCCUUCCUUGACGUGAUAGCGCUAAAACAUGGAUUCGAUGUCUUAGAGCGCCUCACAGGUGGAAUGGAGAACAUCAGGCAGCACACCUUUACCCUGGCUCAGUACACCCACGCCGCCCUGUCCACCCUCCGGUACCCCAACGGAGCCCCUGUCGUGCAGAUUUACAGCGACUCUGAGUUCAGCAGCCCAGAGGUUCAGGGUCCGGUCAUCAGCUUCAACGUGCUCGAUGACAAUGGGAACAUCAUUGGUUACUCCCAGGUGGAUAAAAUGGCCAGUCUUCACAACAUCCACGUGCGAACCGGCUGCCUCUGUAACACUGGGGCCUGCCAGAGGCACCUGGGGAUAAGUGAUGAGAUGGUCAAGAAGCAUCUUCAGGCUGGUCAUGUCUGCGGUGACGAUGUGGACCUCAUAGAUGGGCAGCCGACGGGAUCUGUGAGGAUUUCGUUUGGAUACAUGUCUACGCUUGAGGAUGCCCAGGCCUUUCUCAAGUUCAUCAUAGCAACCCGACUGCGCCCGUCUCAUGGCCAGCCUCUCCCUCUGGCCACGCCUGGGGAGGCUGGAGCCCUGCCAGCAGAGAGUGAGGCUCAGAAAGCCGUGCCUGCCACCAGGGCCAGACGUAGUCCCUCACCUCAGGAAGAUGCUUCCCCAGACUCCAGGGUUUGGGACAACUCACCCACCACUGUGGAUGCUGUGAGUUUGCGCCCACCUCUGCUGGAGACCACCAGAACCCAGCAGACCCCUUCAGAGAAAGCUGCAGGCAUCCUGGAUGGGGGCCUUGGGUCACACAUCGUCACCAACCUUUUCCUCUACCCAAUCAAAUCCUGUGCUGCAUUUGAGGUGACCAGGUGGCCUCUAGGAAAUCAAGGGCUGCUGUACGACCGGAGCUGGAUGGUUGUGAAUCACAACGGUGUUUGCCUGAGUCAGAAGCAGGAACCCCGGCUCUGCCUGAUCCAGCCUUUCAUUGACCUGCAGCGAAGGAUCAUGGUCAUCAAAGCCCAAGGGAUGGAGCCUAUAGCGGUGCCACUUGAGGAGAACAGCAAACCGGCUCAGACUUGCCAAAGCAAAGUCUGUGCGGACAGGGUAAAUACUUAUGACUGUGGAGAAGAAAUUUCAAGCUGGCUGUCAAAGUUUUUUGGCCAUCCAUAUCAUUUGAUCAGACAAAGUUCAGACUUUCAAAGAAAUGCAAGGAAGAAACGAGGCAAAGAUCAAUCUGCUUGUACAACAGCCACCCUCUCUCUGGUGAAUGAGGCACAGUAUCUGCUGAUAAACAGAUCCAGUGUUUUGGAACUUCAGCAGCAAUUAAGCACCAGUGGUGACAUUGGAAAGGAAGAAUUAUUCCCAGUGAACAAUCUCAUCUCACGUUUCCGUGCCAAUAUUAUUACCACUGGAACAAGGGCUUUUGAAGAAGAGAAAUGGGAUGAAAUUUCAGUUGGUUCCUUGCAUUUCCAGGUUUUGGGACCUUGUCACAGAUGCCAGAUGAUUUGCAUCGAUCAGCAAACUGGGCAGAGAAACCGAAAUGUUUUCCAAAAGCUUUCUGAGAGGCGAGAGAGAAAGGUGAACUUUGGGCUGUACCUGAUGCAUACCUCUUUGGAUUUAUCUACUCCAUGUUACCUGUCUGUAGGAUCUCAGGUGCUCCCUGUGUUGAAAGAAAACAUAGAACACUAUGAUUUACCUGCUUCUGAGAAACAGCAGGAAGUUAUCUCCUAAAGUUUUUUUCAGCAUAUAUUAAAAUUUCUCUUUUAC